AUGGCGUUUGACGACUUUGCAGCAAGCUCUAACUGUUCUGAAUCAACAUGGCAUUUUGCAGAUGCAAUACAACGAUGGCGUGCAGCUGUCACCUGA